CUUGCGCAAUACACUCUGUUAUAAAACAUGUCAUUCGCCAGAAGUCUUCUCACCAGCGUCUCGAAAACAGCUUCAUUUCACCUUCUCAAUGUGUCCUCAGUGAGAAGAACAUGUCCAGCUCGUCUCAUCUCACCCUCUACAUCCACUGUGCUCUACAGCAGCACCUCUUUAUCCACAGAGCAACAAAAUACCUCCAGUCCAUCUGAUGACAGAAUUGAUCUCAGUGAAUCCUGUGUCAAGAGGCUUACUGAGAUUAUGGAUAAAGGAGAGUAUCUGAGGAUAACAGUUGAGGGAGGCGGUUGUUCAGGCUUCCAGUAUAAAUUCUCAGUGGAUAAUGUCAGAAACGAAGAUGACAGAGUGUUCGAAAGAAAUGGUGUUGGGUUGAUAAUUGACCAGGACAGUCUGGAGUUUGUGAAAGGAUCCACUGUUGACUUCAGUCAGGAGCUCAUCCGUUCAUCCUUUCAGGUGUUAAAGAACCCGCAGGCAGACCACGGCUGCUCAUGUGGCUCAUCCUUCUCCAUUAAAGUCUGACGCUCAGCCUCUACAUCACUUUAGUAGAAUUUAUUAGCCAUAUAACCAUAAGUUGUUAAAGCAUGUGUGGUUAUAUGCUUAUUUAAGAUCAAUCAGAAGCAUAAUUUACAGUUUUGUUAAUAUGAUGGGCCCUGAUAUAUGAUUAAACCAUUGAUUACAGCUACAGAUGUCGCAUGAUGGAGGACAACGGAAUUCAGAACCUACAUCUGUAUGUGUUGUAUAUAAAGAAGAUUAUAAAUAUAUUUCUAAUAAAGUUAUGUCAUGUACGUUGUUGCAGAUAUUUCAGAAUUUUCAUUUUCCAUUGUGCAGAUUGGCUGCUGAGACUCAUAUACUUUUAUUUCUUGAAUAUUCUCAAGAUCAGGUGUAGCUCAUCUUAUAUCUGCUAAUUUCAUUACUGAUAAAAUUUAAAUAAUAAGAAAUAAAAUUGGAAUUAUGCAAUCAUCUGUCAUCGCACCUCAGAAAACAGUUUCUCAUAAUUUUCCUCAUGUGAAACUUCAAUCCUUUGCUGUCAUAGGUCAUGAAGAGCUAACAAAACUUAUCGAAACAUCAAAAGCCACAACAUGUUUGUUAGAUCCAAUACCAACUAAGCUCUUAAAAGACGUAUUCCCUGUAAUCUCAUAACCUCUUCUUAAUAUUAUUAACUCCUCGAUAUGAUUAGGACAUGUCUCAAGAGACUUUUAAAUAGCAGUUAUCAAACUGCUUAGUAAGAAGCCACAACUUGAUCCUGGAGAACUUGCUAAUUAUAGACCGAUUUAAAAUCUCCAGUUCAAAUCUCCAAAAAUACUAGAAAAUUUAGUGUCCUCCCAAAUAUGAUAAUUUCUACAGAGAAAUAGUAUAUAUGAACAAUCAGGAUUUAGGCCUCAUCACAGUACAGAGACUGCACUUAUCAGAGUUACAAAUUACUUGCUCUUAUCAGCUGAUCGCAGCUGCAUUUCUCUUCUAGUGCUUUUAGAUCUUAGUGCUGCAUUCGACAUGAUAGAUCACGACAUUCUCUAGAAUAGGCUAGAGAAAUAUGUUGGCAUUCAUGGACUUGCAUCAGUAUGGUUUAGGUCCUACUUAGUAGACCGCUACCACUUUGUCUAUGUAAAUGAGGAAUUGUCAAACCAAAAAAAUCUACAUAAUAUGCAG